CAAUAGUGCUGCUACUGCAGCUGAACACUGAUCAGCAGUCGUAGCAGCCCACAGGCACCUUAACAUCACAUUUCAGGCUAUUUCUUCAGAUUCCUCGCUCCUCGGAUACUACUCGUGCACUGCAAAUGCAAGCCAUUAAGUGUGUCGUUGUCGGCGACGGUGCCGUGGGUAAGACAUGCCUGCUCAUCAGCUAUACCACUAAUGCCUUCCCAGGAGAGUAUAUUCCCACAGUAUUUGACAACUACUCUGCCAAUGUUAUGGUUGAUGGUAAACCUGUUAACUUAGGCCUCUGGGAUACAGCAGGACAAGAAGACUAUGACCGCCUUAGACCACUCUCCUAUCCCCAAACAGAUGUGUUUUUAAUUUGCUUCUCACUGGUGAGCCCUGCUUCUUUUGAGAAUAUAAGAGCAAAGUGGUACCCUGAGGUUCGCCAUCAUUGUCCAAACACCCCCAUCAUACUUGUGGGCACUAAACUUGAUCUGCGAGAUGACAAAGACACGAUUGAACGUCUGCGGGAUAAGAAACUAGCUCCCAUCACUUAUCCGCAAGGGCUUGCUAUGGCUAGAGAGAUUGGUGCUGUGAAGUAUCUGGAAUGCUCUGCUCUUACUCAACGGGGUUUAAAAACUGUGUUUGAUGAGGCCAUCCGUGCUGUUUUAUGUCCUCCACCUGUAAAGAAAAGGGGCAAGAAGUGUACUGUAUUCUGAGGAACACGCGACUCAUUUUUUUGAUUGAUAUGCCAUGUAAACUGUGGGCUCUUGCUCUUCAGCUCUGCUGUUAUCAACAGAUAAAUCCAGCUUGUGAGCUGACACACUGCAGAGACAUGCAUUUCCUUGGCCUGUCUGGUAUAACUGAUAUAUCAAUGUAAAUAUGCCAAAUUUGCUUUGUUUUUAUUAACCUUUGCCUUAAAUUGUUGGUUUAAUGUGAACAUUUAUUGGAAGAGAAUGACAUAAGGCCAUGGCAUCAGGAUGAAUAAUUAUUUACUGAAGAACAGGCAUAGCAAGGUUCUUUGCCAUGUUGCAACAAAUGUUAAAUUUUUCAGAGCUUAUUGUGUGGAAAUCUUGACUAUUCAUAUUUUAUCUGCACAUAAUUUUCCCUUUUGGGAUCUGUGAAUGUGUCAGAAGAUUAUGUACAUAAGAUAUUUUGCGACUUAAAUGUGUGGCCAUAGUUAAAUGCUCUCACCUGAGGGGUGACGGUAAAUGCAUUUUUAAGCAUUUUAUUUUCAGCUUUUAUCGCCUGUUAAACAUUUCAUACUGUACCUGUGUUUUAAUGUGACUACUGUAUGUGAUAAUUUGUAAAAUAAUGAUAGAAAUAUUACACACUGAAAUAUUAGUUUGUCUAUAAAGUACUAUUAUGUGAUACUAUAAAUAGAAAUAAUACUAUAUAAAAUAAGCUGUUAUUGCAACACAAUUGUCUGUAAUGGACCUCAUUCUGCAACUUACAAUGAAAACCAUUUUGUCUAGAUGGUCCAUUUAGUUUAGAUGUAUUUUUUUUUUGCUUAACAUUUUCCUAUAUAUUUUGAUAGGUUUCAAACACGAUGAAAUUAAAUGUGCCAUUAAUGAUUUUUGUGCUGGGCUAACAAAAUGUUUUAACAGUUGUAAGUGUUCAGAUGAUUAUUUGAAAUGUUAUUUUACCUUUUAAUUAUUAAUAUUUCAAUUUUAAUGAGAUUAAAAAACAUGUGCCAUUUGAGCAUGUAUGUUUUUGUUAGUAUGCAUUAACAUUAGGCAUUUUUGUUUUUAUUGAACUAAUGACUGAAAAUUAAAUCACUAGCACAUACAGUAAA